AUGACAGAGUACGAUCCGUCUCCGGAGGCCAUUGAGGAGUACUACAACUCCCGCUCGCGCACUGCGGCGUGGAUACAUCGACUUGAGGUAGAGUCGCUCCGCGCCCCCUCUGAAUGCCCCACGCGCGUCGACGACGCACUCCUCCCCUCGCGCCCGCCCUCCGAGGCGGGUAGCUCCCGAUCCGUCCCGCCCAAGAUGCUCUUACGCUUCAACGACGGCAGGCCGGACGUACCAAUACCCGUGUCCGGACACUCCUCCAUGAAGAGGACCUCUCAUCGACACCAUGACCGCACAGAAUCCAUGUCACGUCCGCGAACACUACCCCAUCCUCCCAGUCACCAUUCCCGACCUUCGCUCCCCGAGGCUUUCGAUGCCGCAUGGGAAGGCUCGCAGCCACAUUCUCGCCAUCGCAAGCGCAGCGACAAGUCGGCGAAGGACAAGACGGACGGCUCGCGCACCCCCCGCGAUGAGCACAGCGUGCACACCGCGCCGAAGCACUCACGCUCGAAGUCCCUCCCUCAGGACAAGGAGCUCCGAGCUGCGAAUCGCAGUAGCGGACACGCAGGAAGCAGCUCCUCACGACCUCACCACCCUCCCCCCACGCCUCCAAUGCCCAUCCCUUCGUCCAGGCCUUCGUCACAUGGCCAUCGCUCUGUGGUGCCUAACAUGCAGCUAGCGAUGGUCCCGGCCUCGCCCUGGCACCAGCCAUCUGUCCGCGCUCCGUCAUCGUCCCGCCAUCAGCAGCAGCGCACUUCGCAUUCUCCGCCAGCUAUCGUCUACGCGCCCAGUCACCAUUCGCAGGCCAACUACUCGCCGCCCGCGAUGUAUCCCCAUCCUCCCGCGCGCAGCCCUCGGCACACCAUGGUCAGCCGCUCGAGCCCGGAGCGAGGCAUGCCGGCAUCCUAUCCCCCCACAUCCUCGCCGCCGUUGUCGGACCAAAGCAGGCGGCCCAAACGGCCAAGGAAGCGAGAGGGCGACCCUCCGAAGCGGACGCGACAACAGCGAUCGCAUUCGGUACCGCUCAAUGGCGAGAAACCGCGGCGCGCGCCUCGCUCGCCCUCGCGUUCGUCGCGGACGCCUAGCGAGCAUUCCGGCAGCACCUACUACGUGAUCCCUAAUGCGGGUCAGAAGGUGCAUGUCAUUAACCCGGACGCAUCUACGACAAUAUACACUGCUACGAGCACCACACAACGUUCUCCCACAUCGCCACGCUCGCUGAAGAGCCUGAAGAUGUCGUUCUUCCAACGCUUAAUCAACAUGUCGCCCAGAUUUCAAUCGCGCUCUGGCGAAUCCAAAGCCUCCGCUAAAAGCUCUACUAGCACCGCCCGCAAACUCACGAACAAGCUGCUGCGCAGACAUUCGUUGAGUGGUGGCUCUCAGGCUAGUUCCUGA